AUUUCAUAUUUUCUAUACUUCCCUGCUUUUUACAUUUACAGGAGCUUUUGCAGCAUAUUUUUGACUUUCGGGGCUAUAUGGACGCUUAAACUUAAAAGUCCUGUUUCCUUCUUAUCUUGGCAUGGUUUCUAGGUCUUUUGUUUCGCAUCAACAUAUUUCACUGCCUCACUAAGAUGUAUUGAAUCAUGAAAGAAUGCACUAAACUCUGUAUCCCCCUUGAGUUCUUGACUUCCUGCGAGGGUUGUUUCUAUUUUCAUAGAUUUCCAGCUCAUCACAAGUGAAAACAUAUUCUUCAUAGCUCAAUAGAAGCAAGGGAAUUGCGCAGAUGCGGUGCAUGUCUGCAUGUAUGGUAUCUCUUUAUUGCUGGUGACCUGCUGGGAAAAGUGAGCUUUCUUUAUUCUUUCACACAGAGAAAGAUGUCCUUUCUGUGGAAAAAUAAAUUCUCUCCAGGAAUGUUUAUGGAAAAAGUGGUAAUACUGCCAAAGGUGCAGUGAGGAAAUUAGUAACAAGUGCCAUCAAUUAAACUCUAAAAAAUCUUAUUGCACAUUUACAUUUUUAACCCUCCUCAAUAUUUCUGUUAAAUUACAAAGUCACGCAGUCUUGAUUUUGUAAAUUCCUGGAGAGAUUGACUUAUAUGCCUGCAGCACUCUGGUGAGAAAUAAAGUAUUCAUGCAUAUUAUUCUACAAUUUCUAAUAAAACAUAACACAGUGGAUGACGUAUUGUUUUGCUUUAUAGAGCAGAAAGGCUUUUGAGAGAACAGAGAAUGCACAAAGGACAGAGAGUGUGGAGCUCCAAAAAACUGCAGGGGAAAUAGAGAAUAGCCAACUUAAGGAACGGGUUCAGGAACAGGAGGCUCUGCUGGCUGCAAGACGAGCACAGCUGGAAACGUUGGAAGGAAAAGUAGAGACGCAACAGAAGACAAUUGAUGAUCUGACUUUUCAGAAAUCAAAGCUUGAGCAUGACGUUAAUCAGUAUUGCACCAAGUUAGAAAUAUCGGUAAAAGACAAAGCUGCCAGUGAGAUGGAGUUAAGUCACACACAACUGUUAAUCCAGCAGUCAGAGGCCAAGUGGUCUUUAGCUCAACAGAAAGUAGAGGACCUCCUAAAGAAAAUUAAUGAUGAACAAGAUCUUAAGCAACAAAGCCCUAAACCUAAGAGAAGAAUACACUUGGAGGAAAGUACUGAGGAACGGGUGCAAAGUCAAGUCACGGCUAAAGCAAAUAAUCUGGCUCAGCAGCCUUUGGCAUCUGACACCGAGUCGACAGUCAACAGUGAGCUUGAGUUAUCUGCAGUCAGAGAAAACAACAGCAGGAUGGCGGCUGUCCUGCAGCAGAAAGAAGAGGAACUUGUCCUGAUCCAGAAAAGAGCAGAAGUGGCUGAGGAGAAAGCACAAAGUUAUAAAAAGCUGUUGAAUGAUAGCAACAACAGACUGAGGAUGCUUCAGAUGGACAUGGAAACUGAGAGGAACAACAUGAGACAGAAAUCAGAGGAUCUCCAACAGGAAGCAAUGAACAUGAGGAAAUCAAUCAACGAGCUUCAAGAAGAAAUCAGAUCUCUCCAGAGAACUAAGUCCUCAUUGGAACAAAGUUCGUUUUUCCAAAGCACUGAAAUUGAAGGCCUGAAAGAGCAAUUGAAGAGCACCCAAGGAGAUAUGCUUAAGAAAAGCUCCUUGGAGCAGGAAAAUAUCCACAAGAUUAACAACUUAGAAGAAGAGGUAGCUUCCACGCAGGCAGUCGUAGAUCAGAUGAAUUUUAAAUGCAACGAGCUAACAAGGAUAAAUGUCUCAUCUGAGAGUGAUGUUAAAGGUCUCCAGAUCCAAACAGAGUCAUUGGAGAAAGAUAGAUCAUUUGCUUAUCAAAAAGUAAAGUCUUUAAAGAGAGAGAUAGAGAGCUGGAAACAGCAGCUUCAAACAGCUGAGGAAGAAUACAACUUAGUGAAGAGGUCUGAGCAGGCGUCACAACUCAAAUGUAAACACCUCCAAGCAGAACUUGAGAAAAGUGAGUUAGUUGCAUCUCAAUUGCAGAAAAGCGUAGAUGAGUUAAAACAGAUACAUAUGGAGAUGGAAAAGAAUCAGAAGAAUGUAACAGCUCAACUCGAUCAGGUGACAAUGGAGAUUGACAGCAAGGAUCAGCAAAUUAAAAUCUUCAAGUCUCAGGCCGAGGGCACAAAAUCACAGGUUAAAAUUAUUGAGGAUGAACUUAGUAAAAAAUCUCAGAACUCCUUUGAGCUUCAAAUGAAACUGCAGGAUUACAGUGAGGAGGUAAGGAGAAUGACGGAACUGCAGCAGAAAAUCCAAACACUGAAUUUAAAAAUAGGCAAUUGUGAGAACGAAAUAUCAACUCUGAAAUCAGAACUUCAGUCAGUGUUGGCUGAGAAGAACUCUGCAAAUCAAAAGAUCCACAUGUACAAUUCUGAAAUUAAUGAUUUGAACACGCUGCUUAAGAAAAGAAAUACAGAACUCCAAAGAGAAUCCGAAGAGAGUCAAAAACAUCAGAAUAAGAUUAAGGCAUUAGAAGAUGAGCUUUACAAAAAUAAGCACAGUAUUACAGGGUUAACCAGCAGCUCAGAGGAAAUGAGAGAAAACCUAAAGCAGGAGAUGAAUGCGAUUCAUAACGACAAGCGAGCAGCAGACAGAAACGUAGAGAACUUAAACGUCAAAAUCUCAGAGCUCAGUUCUUCCGUACAGAGAACUAAAGAUGAAUUGUUGAAAGAGACCAGAGAAAGAAAAGACAAAGAUUCAAAAAUAUUGCAGAUGGAGUCUGAGCUUCAGAAAUAUAAAGAAACAAUAAAAGAAGUAACGUCCAGUUCUGACAAAUCCAGAUCAAAUCUUCAACAUGAAAAUACCAUCCUUAAAAGGGAGAAAGCUGAGUCGUUCGAGAAAAGUAUCUCAUUGGGAACUGAAGUCAGAUUGCUGAAAGAAAAUCUAAAACGUGCCCAAAAAGAAGCUGAACAAAAGCAAAAUGAAAGCUCUGUCCUUAAGCUGAAGUCACAGCAGAUGGAAGAACAGCUCGAGAAGUGCACGGAAAUGCUAGAGGAGUUGAAAAGUAAACUAGAGCUUCAGAAAGAGGGCUAUGAGAGGCAGUUGUUGCUAGUGCAGACUGAAGUAGAGAAAAAACUCAUUUUACUUCAAUCUGAAAUCUCAAGUCAAAGUGGAAAUUCAAACCAGCAGUCACAUAGUGCAGAAUUAGCAGAAAUGCUUAACAAGUAUUUCAGACAAGAUGUCAAACAGAUAAAAACAGUUCAUCAAACCACCGUGGAAACAAAGCACCAAUCAGACAAACUGCUGCAAAUGCAGAUCAAAAUGGACCAACUGCAACAGGAAAGAUGGAAACUCGAACAUGAGCUCUUAAAGGCAACAUUACAAACUUCCCAACUUGAGGAAGACCAAUUUAAACUCAACUCAAAAGUAAGUGCUUUACAAGGCCUUUGCAAUGAAAAGUCAAGUGAGUCAGCUAAGGGUACAGACAGUACACUGACACUGAAGGAAAAUGAAGCUCUUCGGGAUCAAAUCGAGUCGUACGCCAAAGAGGUUAAACAUCUUCAGGAAAAGCUUUUGAUGCUUGAGGUCAGGAUAAUAACUGAAAACCAGGGGAUGAACAAACAGGAAUUCUUUGAAACCAGUCGUCACAAUGUGUGGGACAACAAUGCUACAUCAGUGAAGACAGAACAGACAGCGAUGCAGAAGAUGGUGCCCUCGUAUGAAAGUGCUAAAUACAACAUGGAGGACGAGAGUCGCAAAAUCAAAGUGUCCGCAGAGAUGGCAACAAUGGAGAAAGGCAAUAUUCUUGAAGGACCGAAACAAGAUAAAAUGGAAAUAACUCACAGCCAGAGCAUUCAUGAAUCACUGACAAAGCAAUCCUUAAAUAUCUCUACUGCUCAAAAUCCCAGUACCAUCCAAGAAGACAUACAACAUGUGACAUACAAGGGCCAAAUAAAACCUGAUGAGCCCAUGACUGUAACAACACAUGGAUACAUGGCGUUGUGUGGACUAACAGACAGACGUCCCAAUGUAACACAAAGCAUCACUAAGACCAAGACCUAUCAGAUUAAACAAACAUGUGAAACUGUAAACACAUCAGACAUUGAGGGAAAACAAAGUUUGAUAUAUUCAACUUCCCAAAAGCUCCCAGAACUCAAAGGCUACACAAGUAUUCAAAACAUGAUCAAGUUUAAACUCCUGGACGAAGAGGUUUUGAGGAAGUUCGAGGUGGGCCUCAUCACAAUGGAAGAGCUGCAGGCAUCGUUUGCUCAAUACGCCGGCAAACCAACUACUAUUGCUGGAAUAUAUGUGGAGUCAAGUAAGAAAAAGAUAUCCUUCCUUGAAGCUGCUGAGAAAGGUUUUUUGGCGAAGACGUACGCUCUUGAGUUCCUGGAGGCUCAGGCUGCAACAGGAAGCCUUACAGAUCUGUCCACAGGGCAAACCUAUCCAGUUGCUGAGGCUGUUGAGAGAGGUAUUAUAGAGGCGGGCCUGAAAGAUAAACUGAUAGAAGCUCAGAAAGCUAUUAGUGGCUACAUCCAUGAUGGCAAAAAGCUGUCCGUGUUUCAGGCAAUGGAGAAAAGGAUUCUCGAUAGAUACAAAGGCAAGAAGAUUCUUGAGGUCCAGGUAGCCACUGGUGGCCUGAUCAACCCAGAGAUUGGUGUCAGGGUGCCGGCUAGCAUUGCUGUCGAUCGGGGUCUUUUGAACAAGGAGACCCUACAGAGUCUGUACGAUCCAGUCAGUAACCCCAAAGGUUUCCAUAACCCUGACAGUGGACAGAAAGCAUACUACUCUGAAAUACUGAAGACAUGCCUUUAUGACAUAGAUGGUGGGGUAUUUCUCUCCCCAUUUGGUGAGAAACAUCUAACAAACACCUCUCCCACGAGUUCUCACAGAGUGUCUGUUGUCAGCAGCAGCUCUGGCAUCGAAAUGUCAGCGUAUGAAGCAUUCAAGGGGCGACACAUUGACAAGAGGACGUAUCUGUUCCUGUCACAGCAAGAGAGCGAAUGGCAGGAAAAGUCUGUACUAGACUCCAACGGAAGCCCCCUUCACAUCAUUACUGAUGUGAAAAGUGGUCGACAACUUUGUCUGGAGUACGCUCUGAGUCAGAGGCUUCUUGAAAGAUCUGAGCUUGGAAGCUAUCACAGUGGGCUUCUUAGCAUCUAUGAGAUUGCCGACAUCAUUGUUUCAAGAAUGGUGAUUGUGGAAGAUGUCAAGAGCCCCGUUGCCGGUCUCUGGGACGUCACCCAGAGGAAAAGGCUGUCGGUUCUUCAAGGUUUUCAACAGGGCUUUACUGAUAGAGCCACUGCCUCCAGGCUGUUGGAGGCCCAGGCCUGCACUGGAGGGAUUUGCGACCCCUCUUCAGGGGAGAAAGUUACCCUCUCGGAGGCUCUCAAAAGAGGUCUUUUAGACGAGGCUUUGAAUCAGCAGCUCCAACAGUUUGAGCAGGCAUUUAAUGGGAUCAUUCACCCCAAGACUUCAAAGACUUUGUCCAUCACCCAGGCUGUUCAGGAAAAUGUCAUCCCGAAGGAUGCAGGUUUCCGCUGUAUUGAGUUCCAGCUCCUGACUGGAGGAUUAAUAAACCCUGAGACACAUGACAGAGUCUCCCUCGAGGAAGUCAUUCAGAGCGGCCUUGUUGACAAAGUGAAUGCCUCAGUACUCAAAGAAGAGAGGUUCCAGACCAAAAGCCUCACCUGUCCGAAGACCAAGAGAAGAAUCACUUUCAGGGAGGCUCUUGAGAGAAGUGUGUUCGACUGCCACACUGGGCUAAGGUUACUGGAGGCUACCAAAAUUCAUGGUUAUGGAGCCAAGGCAACAUUUCAUUAUGUUUGCGCCUACAAGUAAUAACCACCUGUAAAUAAAUGCUUGUCCAUAGCAUAAAAGCCAAAGCUGUAAAUAGAUCUCUUUUGGUUUUGUGUUGGCUUUAAAGUUACUCCGACCUUUUUUUGGGGUUUGAACACAUGUUUUAAUAUAGUGGUUGAUAUAGUGGUUGAUGCAACUAACCGCGUUCUCAAUUGUUUUAACUGAUUAUAAAUGUAUUUUGGCAAUGUCCCCCUUCCUUUUAGGAUUCCCUCCUCCACUGUUUUCUUUCUUUGUAACAAAGUUAACACUCUUCAAAACCCCAUCU